CGUUAUAUGCUGUGUAAAUAAAACAACAUGUCAGCGCCCUAUAUAUACUUCGUUUAUUACAACGGCCUAUACGUUGAUCGUGAGAGGCUUAAUUAUUGAUAAAAACAAUCAAUAAACAGGGUCAACAGUUGGAGAAAGACAGUAUGGUGCAAGAUGGCACUUAAUAUACCACCAGCACCAUCACCACAGUCUGUUGCGCAUGCUGAUCAGGAGCAUGAAAGAACUAUCAGGUUGACUGUGUUCGUGGAAGACAGGUAUUCAACUGGUGGUCGCAUUGGCAUUCAUGUAGUGCCAACAAUCACAGUUGCUGAACUAACACAAAAGAUUUUUAGAGAAUAUGGGCUUCCACGACAUGUACAACGGUGGAUAAUCAGAAAUAGGCUUCCUGGAGAACAUGAAACGCUGCAGCAGUGUGGAGUGAACAGUCCUGGUUGUGCUGUGUAUUUAUACGUGGUUACACCUCAGAUUAACAAAAAUAUCUAGUCACCUGUAUCUGCUGUCACAAACAAACACACAAUUAAGGCUUUAGGAAUUAAUCUGUCGUGUCUUAAUUAUCAUAUAUGCUGACGUACGUGUCUGUAGUCAACAAUUGACAGGCAAUGGUAAAGUAAUUGAAAGGUAGCAUUUGCAAAUUGCUAUCAUUUUCUGUGGAUUUUAUUAAGUUUUCAAUUUAACUGGUAAUAUUAAUAAUUGAAUUCUACACAAGACAUUUACUGUAUCGGAUUUUAUCUGUGCGUUCAUGAUCAAUAUAUAAUUGUUGCACAAUAUUCAGCUAUGUUAUAGUAAAAUUAGGUGAGCAUAUUCAGCAAUAAUAAAUGGUACAAUCGCAUACUACAACGUAGUACGAAUUAGAAUUGUGCAUAUUGUGGUUCAACUAAAGAAAUAGUGUAAUAUGAUAAUAUUAAUUAUACCAGUAUUUAAUACUCUGUUAUUGCAGUAUAAUUAUAAUAAUUUACAUUAUGAAAUUACUCACUUUGAUCAAUUACCAUCUUCACAAUUUAAGGUAGUAUUCAGCAAUAUAUAAUACUCUGAUAAUAUAAGUUAACUGUACCACAGUCACAUGGAACGUUUCAAUAAUAAAAUGAUGGUAAAUAAACACGAAAUAUAUAUCAACAUAUAUAUCAAUGCCU